AUGUUCAACCAAACAAAACACAAAUCAAGAACUAUACACACCUGGCGAGUGUGGGCCAUCUACAUGGUCUUAGCUGCAAACUUCUCCAAAGAGCAAGCACUGAAGCAGACUUGUCCUUCAUGCGAUGCCGCUCAGCUUUGCAACUGCUCUUCCAUGGAUUUGGACUUCAUUCCCCCAGGGCUCACGGCCAAAAUCACAGUGUUAAACCUGGCCCACAACAGGAUAAAGCACAUCCGAUCCCAGGACCUGCAGCAGGCUGUGAACCUGAGAGCCCUGCUGCUGCAGUCCAACAAGAUCAGCUCAAUAGAAGAGGACUCGUUUCAGUCCCUUGGGAAACUGAAGCGCUUGGACUUAUCAGAUAACAACUUGGCUCACUUGUCCCCCGUGUGGUUUGGGCACCUUUUUUCGCUCCAGCACCUUCACCUUCAAGGGAACUCCUACAGAGACCUGGGGGAAAGCUCCCCCUUUUCUAACCUGAGGAACCUGAGCUCUCUCCACCUGGGCAACCCGCAGUUCUCCACGAUAAGGCGAGGGAACUUUGAGGGCAUUGAGCUUCUGGACAAGUUGUGGAUUGACGGUGGCAAUCUCAGUCAGUACGAGCCAGGAAGUUUGAAAUCGAUUAAGAAGAUAAAUCACAUGAUCAUAAACCUAAGAAGUGUUAAUGUCUUCUCAGCAAUUGUCAGGGACCUUCUGCACUCUGUCAUUUGGUUAGAAGUGAGAGAAAUAAAAUUAGAGAUUGAAAAAAAAAGCUUGUUGCAGAACUCUACACCUCCUUUUACGAUACGAAAACUUACAUUUAAAGAUGCUUCGUUCACAGAUCAAUAUGUUAGCCGACUAACAGUAUUAGUGAAGGAAAUCAUAUCUUUACGAGUAUUAGAGGCAAUUGAUUGUGUACUUGAGGGAAAAGGAGCAUGGGAUACUAAAGAAAUUGUAAGCAGUGGGGAAAGUUUAGUUGAAACAGUAACAGUAAUAAAUAUGGUGAUUCAGGAAUUUCAUUUGUUUCUUGACCUGGAAGGUAUGGAGUCACAAAUAAACAAACUGAAAAGCCUCACCAUUGCAAGCUCUAGAGUUUUCAUGGUACCAUGCAAACUUGCAAAACAUUUUUCAUCACUUCUGUAUCUGGACUUUCAUGAUAAUUUGCUUGUAAAUAAUCGCUUAAAUGAGACAAUCUGUGAAGAUGCUUGGCCUUCAUUGCAAACUUUAAAUCUAAGUCAAAACUCUCUAAAAUCUCUGAAACAGACUGCAAAUUCUGUAACUCGUCUACCCAAACUGAUUAAUCUUGACAUUAGCCAAAAUAAGUUUGGUGAGAUUCCAGAUGUGUGUGAAUGGCCAAAAAACCUUCAAUAUUUAAACCUCUCCAGCACUCAAAUUCCUAAACUAACAACUUGCAUCCCACCGACGCUGGAAGUUUUGGAUGUUAGCGCUAACAACCUGAGGGAGUUUGGACUGCAACUCCCAUUUCUCAAAGAGCUGUACCUUGCAAAAAACCAACUGAAGACCUUGCCUGGUGCCACACGCAUUCCUAACUUAGUGGUCAUGUCAGUCAGAAGAAACAAGCUCAACAGUUUCUCCAGGGAAGGGUUUGAGUCCUUCAAGAAACUGGAGCUGCUGGAUGCCAGUGACAACAACUUCAUCUGCUCCUGUGAAUUCCUCUCCUUCAUCCACCACCAGGCCGGGAUAGCCCAGGUGCUGGUGGGGUGGCCAGACAAGUAUGUCUGUGACUCUCCCCUGGCAGUGAGAGGGGUGCAUGUUGGAGCUGUGCACCUCUCCCUAAUGGAGUGCCACACGUUCCUCGUGGUGUCGUUGAUCUGCGCCCUGGUGUUCCUGGUCAUCCUCAUCCUCGUGGCCGUCGGCUACAAGUACCACGCGGUCUGGUACCUGAGAAUGACCUGGGCAUGGCUCCAAGCCAAGCGGAAGCCCAAGCAAGCCCCUCCGAAGGACAUUUGCUACGACGCUUUUGUCUCCUACAGCGAGAAUGACUCCGACUGGGUGGAAAACAUAAUGGUGCGGGAGCUGGAGCAGGCCUGCCCCCCGUUUCGGCUCUGCCUCCAUAAGCGGGACUUUGUGCCUGGGAAGUGGAUCGUGGACAACAUCAUCGACUCCAUAGAGAAGAGCCACAAAACGCUCUUUGUGCUGUCCGAGCACUUUGUGCAGAGCGAGUGGUGCAAAUACGAGCUGGACUUCUCGCACUUCCGCCUCUUUGACGAGAACAACGAUGCAGCGAUUCUCGUCCUCCUGGAGCCCAUCCAGAGCAAAGCGAUUCCCAAGAGGUUCUGCAAGCUGCGGAAGAUCAUGAACACAAAGACCUACCUGGAGUGGCCUCUUGAAGAAGAGCAGCAGCAGAUGUUCUGGGAAAACUUGAAAGGGGUCUUGAAGUUGUAG